AUUAUCUAAAUAAACAGAAAAUACGCAGCGUUGCGUAUACGCCGCGUUUGCCCAUAGGCAAAAGUGAGUCUCGCGCGUGAUUUUGUGAGGUGACAGCAGAAAUAAAAUACAAUACAAUAAAAUAAAACAAAAAAUAUAAAAACAAAUCCCAGCAAGUGCCAGAGCGUGCUCGAGUGCGCGUCCGCAAAGUUACGGUCUAUGGUCUACGGGUCUACGGUGUACGGAUCUGUGACUGCAGUUCCGUUCCGCUUCUGUUGAUAGCAUCGCGACGCGUCGUUUGGCAUAAAGUUUUGGCUUUCGCUUUUGUUGAGCUGCCUGCGCCACGCUUUAGUCUGAAGUGCAAGUUAAACAGGCAACAACUUAAGUUUAAGCUUGAAAUUGAAUCAAUUGUUGGCAGAAUCGAGACAAUUAGCAAUGAGCGAAAUAUUAAAGGAAACUUUUUGAAUAAAUAAACCAUUAAAGAUAAACUUAAGACGUGACUGGGCACAGACUACGGAAAUGGCUGCUUAAGUGGCGCACUUCCGGCUAAAACCGGGCAAGCAGUAAACAACAUCGAGCGUCAAUCCCACUCAGCCAGCACUACAAACCGUAACCCACAACCCACAAACACAUUCGCCACUCAAAGGCGAAUCUCAUCAGAUAGCCGAACCAAAAAAAGAAGUCUUGAAAGAUGGCAAGCGUAGGCAAUGAGACGGUUAAGGCUCUUCUCGUUUCGGUUAGCACACAGUUGCCCCACGUCUUGGGCAUUGAUAUGGGCAGUAAUUGGAGCAGCAGCAGCACAACAACAGCAACAACAACAACAAUAUCAACAACCACAACAACAACAAUGGCCACGCCCAGCAGCAGCACCAUCGCCAACACCAUCAGCAUUGUGGAUGCGGAUGCCGCGGAUGGCGAUAAAUCAGGCAUUAUACAUAAUCAAUUUGUGCAGAUCUUUUUCUAUGUGCUGUACACCACCGUCUUUGUCCUGGGCGUAUUUGGCAAUGUGCUUGUGUGCUAUGUGGUAUUAAGAAAUCGAGCCAUGCAAACUGUCACCAAUAUUUUCAUCACCAAUCUCGCACUCUCGGACAUUCUACUUUGUGUGCUGGCGGUGCCUUUUACACCACUGUACACUUUCAUGGGUCGCUGGGCCUUCGGACGUACCCUCUGUCACCUAGUAUCCUUUGCCCAGGGCUGCAGCAUUUAUAUCUCGACGCUAACGUUGACCUCAAUUGCAAUCGAUCGGUAUUUUGUGAUCAUUUAUCCAUUCCAUCCGCGUAUGAAACUCUCCACAUGCAUCGGGAUCAUUGUGAGCAUUUGGGUAAUUGCCUUGCUGGCGACAGUUCCCUAUGGAAUGUACAUGAAGAUGACCAACGAGGUGAUGGAUGAUAGCACACAGCACUUGAUUGGGGCGAAUGGGACGAGCAGUGUAAACGGCAGCCACAUCGAUGCCACAUCGGCUGCCCAGGCCUAUAUGCAAGUCGUCUCGGAUGGUGUCACUGUCUGCGAAGAGAACUGGCCGUCGGAGCAUUAUCGUAAGGUGUUUGGUGCGAUCACAACGACACUGCAGUUUGUGCUUCCAUUUUUCAUCAUAUCCAUUUGCUAUGUCUGGAUCUCCGUCAAGCUGAAUCAGCGGGCCAGAGCCAAGCCGGGCUCGAAGUCGUCGCGACGGGAGGAAGCUGAUCGGGAUCGGAAGAAACGCACAAAUCGCAUGCUUAUCGCUAUGGUGGCUGUUUUUGGACUUAGCUGGUUACCCAUCAAUUUGGUGAACAUCUUUGAUGAUUUCGAUGACAAAUCGAAUGAGUGGCGUCUCUACAUGUUGUUCUUCUUUGUGGCCCACUCGAUUGCCAUGAGCUCCACGUGCUACAAUCCCUUUCUGUAUGCAUGGCUGAAUGAGAACUUUCGCAAGGAAUUCAAGCAUGUGUUGCCCUGCUUCAAUCCAUCCAAUAACAACAUCAUCAACAUAACCAGAGGGUAUAAUCGCAGUGAUCGCAACACCUGCGGUCCACGUCUUCAUCAUGGCAACGGCGAGGGUGGCGGGGCAGGCAGUCUGGAUGUGGAUGAUCAGGAUGAAAAUGGCAUCACACAGGAGACGUGCCUGCCCAAGGAGAAGCUGUUGAUUAUACCGCGUGAGCCUACCUAUGGCAAUGGCACCGGAGCCGUCUCCCCCAUACUCAGUGCGCGUGGCAUUAAUGCCGCCCUCCUCCAUGCCAACCAACCACAGCAGCUGAAUCAGCAGCAACAACAACAGCAGCAAGUGGAGCUGACGAGACGAGGGUGUCGGCGCAGAGAUGAUGAUGGCGACUAUAUCGACUCUGGCGAUGAGCAAACGGUGGAGGUACGCUUCAUCGAGACACCAUUUGUCAGCUCCGACAACACAACGGGCAACAGCAUGCUGGAGGCGAGCGAAAGCCACUGCCAGGAUCAAGAGCUGGCUAUCUUGGGCGCUGUUGUGGUUAUUGAUGGCGCUGCCUGUUGCCAGUCAGAUGCAAGUAGGCGACAUAACUGAGAUAGGGUUUUUGAAACGCAUUUCUAGGCGCAGUUGUUGAUCGCCGAGGAAGGCGAUGAGGACGAGGCAAGCAACCAUGUGUCAGGGAAUGCGACAUAAACUACUACGCUGGGAGUGCAAGCUUAUAUAGAGUUUGUGGGAAUGUGGGAGUGAAAGUACGAAGAAAGUAUGCUGAUAAAUGCCAAAUAAAGUGACAACGAUGAGAAAAUUGCCACGCAGGGAUAUAGGCAGCAACUGAGCCCCCAAGCAAUUGGCUGAACCAGCUUCUCAAAUCGUUGAUAUCAAAUUUUCUAA